GCACCUCGACGGUUACGUAACGUUCAGCGUCCGUCUGGGAAGCAGUUGACAGCAGAGAAGAACAGGCCGAAGUGGACAAACAAAACAAACAUAUGAAGAAAAGAGCGAAAACAACUUAAAAGUUUGAUGCAAUUUUAUGUCUGUAGAAUGUUUAACAUUGUUCUAAAGCGGUUUGAAGCCCGUUAAAGUAGAAAGUCGUUAGCAAAGACGGGGCGUGCACCUGUCAAAGAUAAAUAGGUUAACUUGCUAACGUGUGCUAGCAGGUUAGCAGUCUAGCUGGCUCGCUGAACCCGCUCAGGUUAGCUAGCUUGCUAGCCAGCCAUGUCGUCCCCUUCUUCUUCCAGGCGCCAAUGGUGCUACCUGUGCGACCUGCCAAAGAUGCCGUGGACUGUGGUGUGGGACUUCAGCGAGGUGGUCUGCCGUGGCUGUGUCAACUACGAGGGAGCGAAUCAGAUUGAAUUCCUGAUAGCGAGCGCCCGACAGUUAAAACGAACGCACGGGAUGCAGGAUGGUAACGUCAGGUCACCUGGUCCCUCUCCCAAUAAACACGGCACAUCUGGCAGAGGAGAGGCGGUGGCAGACGGAGGCAGGCCGCACACCGACCGCUUCGACAGGGGAGGAAGAGGAGAAAGUACCGGCUCAGCUAUUCGCGUGCCGCCGAACGGGCUGCACCGUGACGGCCAGCCGCCUCAAGAAGUGAACCGUCAGAGCCCCAGCGGCAGCCGGAGACCCAUGCUGGGUGCUGCCAUCCCUCCAAGUCUAGUAACUCAAAGUAUUGCAGGGAUUCCACAUGGGCUACUUGCAGGCAUGCCGGCGGGUCUGACCGCCAGGACAGCUCCCAUGAACAGCCCCAUGAUCUUCCCUGCCCCGGUGCUGGCCGAGAUGAGUCGCAGACAGCUGGGGAUAGGGAUGGGGAUCGCCCCCUUUAUCACUCCGGAGCUGGAGCGAGAGCUUAGUUCGUCUCAAAACCAACCCAAGAUACAGACACAGGUCCACACUGCUGUGGCUGGCAGCAGCGCCAGCAAGAGUACAGGUCUCCCUUCUUCAUCCUCGUCCAUGGCUGGAGGAGUGAGCCAGACUAGCCCCAAGCCUGCCUCAUCUCCAGCCAGGCAGCCACGCCCCCUAGCCUCGAGGUCCGGAGGGGAGCCCCUGGGAUCCAGCACCUCAGCAGAGGCGGCCACCACAGCUGCAGCGUUACCCCACAGCGGUGCUUCUGAGCUGGGAUCAGCAUCUGCCAGCAACACUCAUUCAACUGGAAACACUCUGUCCUGCACCUUGUGUCAUGAGAGGCUGGAAGACACACACUUUGUUCAGUGUCCAUCAGUGCCGGGCCAUAGGUUCUGUUUCCCCUGCACGAGAGUGUACAUCCAGAGCCGGCGGGGGGAUGGAGAGGUGUACUGCCCCAGCGGAGAGCGCUGUCCAUUGGAUAACUCUCCCAACAGUCCGCCUUGGGCUUUCAUGCAGGGAGAAGUCUCCACCAUACUGGGCACUGCCGGAGCAGGAGCUGCAUCGGCGGCUGCAUCUGGAGCUGGGACCGGACCUGGGCCGGGAGCUGGGGGCGCGUCUGGAUCUGGAGCUGGGAGUGGAUCUGCCAGUGGAGCCGGAGCCGGAGCCGGAGGUGGUGACGUCACCGUCAAGAAGGAGAGAGAGACGUGAUGGUGAUUUUCAAGGAGACCAGGACCCAACAGAGUUGUAUCACACACCAGAAGGAGAUGUCUGCACUGGACUGCUGAGAGAUCCAGAAGAGAAGCAACACAGCAACACACAGUUCAGAAAACCUCCAUUCCACAGGUCUUAACACCACCUACUCACCACUCACUUAUCAACAUUAUCAGACCUCGUCAGAUAUCUGACUACCUUCACGUAUUGUCACCAUUUUUUUUUCCUUUCCAAGCCAAGUUUGACUUUUCCCACUUUUAAGAUAAAUGCUGUAGUUCUGAUGUAAUGAGAAUAUGAACAUUACUUUUAAUUAAUCAUAUUAAAUUUCUCAAUGCAUCCUUUGCACUGGGAGCUCACCAACUCUGCAAAAUAAUCCUGUGUCCAAAUGCUCCAAUCAGCAGACAGCAGAGACCAAGACAGUGGCUGAUGUAACCGUCAUACAGCCUUCAUGAUGUACUGUUGGAAUCAGAUAUUCAGGGCUAAUCAACAGCUGAACAGUGGCUACUUUUUGUGGAGUUCCUAGUAAAUGUGCCAGUUGAAUCAGCUGACCAUGCCCAGAUUAGCACUGCCAGCUAGCUACUGUUAGCAGCUGGAAAAAACAGGCCGAAGUAACACAUAGACUGCACCAGUUUUCAGCAAGAUUGUCUUUUCUUCAAACAAAAGCAUGAAUGACCAUUACAGUCAUUUGAAAGAUGCAAUCACAUAAAGAAUAAUCACACUGGAACUUGAAUAUGCACCUUAAGAAAAAAAAGACCACUGAAAUGUCAAUUUUUCCAUAUGGCCACCAGUGUAAUAAUGCAUAAUUGGCAUUGGUUUGAUUUGCUAAAGGUAGCUAGCGUAGCUUUUAAAGACAGCUUGUUAGCAGACCUAGUACAGGGUUGUUCUUUGUUUUAGAUUACCCCUCUUAAAGUCACAGAAAAUAGCCACGGUCCAGUGUUUAUUGUAACGGUACACUCAAUAUUGUGUUUGCAUGCAAAAACACUUGUUUCAACAAAUCCAGCACAAGUGUUAAAACAGUGAAACAGUAGCCAUGGCUGUUGGCUGGCAGCAUGCAACAGCAGGUCAGAUAUCAGACUGUUUGAAACAGGUUGGAACUUAACUGGCCCGGACAAAAUGCCAUUUUCUCGGCCAGUUCUUGGUCUAAAUUAAAUAAAUGUGCUUCUACAAACCCAAUUUAAAAACAACUGACAUGAAACUGACAGUUAUGACGACAAAGUGUACCUUAAAUUUAAAAUGCAUUUGUUUUUUAUUGUUUCAUGACUGAACUCAUGUCCUGCUGCACAAUCUUUUUUUCCAAACAAAUGGAAAAAGUCUUCACUAAAACUCCAAAACAAGCAAACCGACAUGAGAUGUGGACAGAAUGCCAGUAGUGACAUUUCUCUGUGUGUUUAAAUAAAGUUGAGUCAGAGAAAGGAGAACGUUUGCUGUGUAGAAACAAUCAGUUCAUCUGUCAAAGCAGCGACCAGCCACAGAAACUAUGAGUGUAUGUAAAUGUCGCUUUCAUACAAGAUCCAGCCCAGCCUAUGUUUUACCCUGAAUGUAUAUGAAAAGAUAUCUAAUGAUAGGCCUAGGACUAUAUUUUAUACUAGAAUGUUAAAUGUUAUAUACUCUAUAGAUCUAUAAUAGUAUAUAUGUGCAAUCCUUCAUCAUAGUAUAUGCAACAGUUUGGAAUAUGUAAUUAGAAACGUAUAAUUUCUGAAACCUUUUUGUUUUUAAAGCGAGAAUCCACCUGAAAGCAGAAAUAUUCUUUUGUAAUCUUUAAAGAUUCAAUAUUGUUUGUGAAUCUGUUUCCUUCCGGCCUUAAGACGUGACACUUUAAUGAAGCGCAAACUAUAAUUACAAGCAUACGUUUGGUUUUCAAAUCAUCAGUGUUGCAGUGAAAUUAAUCUUAUCUUGAUUUAAACAAACAAACUCCCGGUGAGUUUGCUGUCUUUUCAGUCGUUGGAACAAAUGCGGACUGUAAAAUCCAGUUUUCGUGUUUUUCAGACUUUAUUUGGCAGUAAGAUUAAAAACUUGCAGGGAUUUCAUGUUCCUAAAUUGAACAAUCCAACAUUGUAAUAAUCACUCAUGACAGUUUUUCGGUGGAUUCUCUCUUUUUGUGCAGUAUGUACUCGUUGUGAGUACGAAGCACAGACGAACCAAAGGUCAUUUAUGCCCAGACUGAUGUUUCUGGAUGUGAAUGUUAAAGGAAAAAUACACAUUGCUAUAUUUCUUUGCCAGGUCUUAACCGGUUUUCUUCAUCAAACCGUUACAGUUUACAGGCCCAUGUUGUCUACUGUACUUAUGGGAUGUUACACAGAAAAGUCUCUAGUAUUCAGCAAAUACUUACGUAGACCUUCUAUAUUGGAACAAUAUCCCACAGAUCAGGACUGUUGUAGAGAAAUAUCUUUGAAGAAGUGGAAUUUAAGUUAAAUAUGCACUGAUACAUCAUGCAAUCUCCUGUUAAGUGCCUUGUUAAAAUGUUUACCGUCUGUUUGUGUGUCUGGGAACCUCAGGGGAAGUAGGAGUGCAAUGGCUUUUUUUAUUGUCUCGUCAAUGAUUAACCUGAAUCUGUUUCCCUUCGGUCGCCAUCAGACGGCUUUUGCUUUUAUCUGAAGCCUUUGUAAAGUCAGCCGGCCAUUCAUUGUUUGAAUAUGGUCUCUCCUCGCAUCUCUCUCCGUGUUGAGUUUCUUUUCAUCCAUGUGUCAUUUUUAGAUUGGUUUUACUGCAGCUUCAUGUACAAAGUAGAAACCAAGAAUAAAUGGGAUAGAAGCUUGUA